AUGCCCUCCGGACAAGGAGCGGGUACCAACCCGAUCCACAACAAGCAGAAGAAGAAAGCCGCAAAGGAACUCGACGAGGACGACCUCGCCUUCAAGGCUAAGCAGCAGGCCGACAAGAAAGCACGCGAAGCCCUGGCCGCAAAGGCAAAAGGCAAGGGCCCGCUCAACACGGGAACCCAGGGGAUCAAGAAGUCCGGGAAGAAAUAG